AUGGCUAUCGCAGCAGCAGCCCCGGCCCUCGUGUCCCCUACGGAUGCCAAGAGGCAGCUCCCGGGGAAGCCCCUGGGAAGGCCAGUUCUCCAGCUCCGUGCUCCGACCUAUAGACGCCCCAGUCUUGGCUCGGAGUUGAGAAGCCCCCUGAGUGCCAUCUCACCUCUCAAUGCUUCUGACUUGAGGAGUCCUCUCAGCCCUCUGAGGCAGAUGCGCCUUGAGUUUGCCGAUCUCGAGGUCGGGUCGCCUAUCGACCCGGUUGACUUGACUGGCCCGGAUCUGGUCGUGGUGAGCCCUGUUAGUGCUACGAAGAGCCCUUUCAGUGCCUUCAAGAGCCCUCUUAGAAAUGAAAGCAUUGACGCGAUUAUGGACGACGUUUCCAAGGACCAGCCCGUUAUCACAGAAACCCUCCCCACACCUCCCCUUGAGCAAUCAACUGAACAGGUUGCCCACAAGAUCUUGGACGUUCUCCAAGUCUUUGGAAGACAUAUUAUCCCCGAAGGCCAGGAGAACCAUGAGUGGCUUGGACGCAAGAUGUUCCACCCCCGCGUAGAGGAGUACGUCAAGAAGGGCGAGUCGGUUAAGAUGAUUAUCCCUGCAUUUCCUUGGAAGAGCAUCAACCGGACCGACAAAGUGACCGGGGUUCUUCCUGAUCUUGGAGAGGAUCUCGCCCUUGCUAGACUGAAUGACUUGUGUGUGGAAAUCGGCAAGGUCUACACCCACGGCGCCGAAGUCCACAUCGCCACUGACGGCCUUGUUUUCAACGACGUCGUCGGCAUCUCGGACGACGAGACUUGGGAGUACGGCGCCACUCUCAUGGACAUGGCCGCUCAGAAGGGCUACGACGGCAUCAAGCUCCUCCGUGUAAUGGAUUUCCUUGGCCUUACCAAAGAAGACGAGCCUCUUACCAAGGAGAAGUACAUGGAGCUUGUCGACGAAAGCCGCAAGACGCUCGAGGCGCAGUUCGGCGACCCAGACAAGGACGUCCGUGCCAUGAUUGACACCGACAACGACACUCUCAUGACGUACCGCGGCUUCAUCCGCUUCCUCGAGACUGAUCUCCGCAACAGUCCCGUCGCAGAGCACGCCAAGUCCGGUCACAAGUAUCGCAAGGUCGUCAAGGAGGUCGCCAUGAAGAUGAUGAUGCGCGCCGAGUCCUUUACCAAGAUUAUCCUCGCCACCUGCCCCGACCACGUCCGCCUGUCCAUCCACCCCUCCAGCGGAGCUGUCAAGCUUUCCAUGCCGCUGUUAGUUGAGAAGCACAACCCAGACGGUUUCCCUCGCACCCCUUGGCACAGCUCCAUUGCUGUUUCGCUGGAUGGUGGCUAUCGCUCUUUGCAUGCCAAGGAUGUCCGUGACACUCACGACCUGGUCAUGAAAGAUGGACGUCCUUGGUGCUUCCGUGAGAGGUCGGAGCUCUUCGAUCUCGGCGACGAUAUCGAAAUUGAGCACCUCUACCCCACUGGUAUUGAGGUUCGCCCUCGUGAGGUUCAGGAGCAAGAUGUCAAACUAGACGAAGCGGUGCGUGGAAAGCUAGUGAGGCUUGCCAAGCUGCAGCCUGUCAGGGUUGUUGGCUUUGAGAACGCGCCCGAGUUUGUCGUCGAGGGGCAGGAGUAA